GCCAUUUCCUGCAGGGGCUCCUCCAGAAGCCACAACCCAGGAGGGGCUCCCACUGGAAGGCGGGUAGGGCGGAGGGACAAGUCCCUACCAGGUAAGUGGUGAAAGCCACUGGUCACUCCUGGAGGUCUCCUACCCCCCCAGGGACCCCGGCAGGGGGGAUGUGGACCACCUUUGUUGGGUGCUUUUCACACAUCGCUGACCCUCCAGAGAAGCUCUGCCGUGGGUAUGUCCGCCCCCCUUUACAAAUGGAGAGCUGACGCUCAGGGGAAGUGACCAUUCUAGCACCGCUGGGGUCCAGGUCAGUCCCUCCUCUGCCCGCCCUGACGGUGGGACCGCAGACUGUGGGAGCCAGACUGGAAGGCGGAGGCCGGGGAGGGGCCCUCACACGCUGCAGGGGUAGGAGUGGGGCUGUGGCUGAGUUGCCCGGCAGACUGGCCAGGAGCCCCCGGGGCAGUUCCCCAUGCCCAGGGCUCUGAGCUGCAGCAGGACUGGCUAAGCCUAAGGUGGGGCAGAAGCACCAGCCCUUUGCCCCAGGGACCACAGGGAGGGCUGGAGGACAAGGGGCAGGAGAAGGAGGCGCAGCUGAUUGGCACCUUCUCCCCGCCCCCAAUCUCUUUCUGGUCCAGGUGACCUUUGCCCCAGAUCCCAGUGUCUAGGUCCGCCCAGCCAGGAGGUGUGGAGAACAAAGGCAGCUGGGAUUGGUCAGAACCCAGCAGGGGUGUGUCCCAGGCACCCACAGCCCAGGCGUGAGCUGAGCACGGGGCAGGUGGACUCCCGGGAUAGAUCAGCAAGCUGCAGGCCUGUCCCUCCGGACCCUGCCCUCCAGACAUGGCCCCCGGGCCCCUCGAUCCCUAGCCCUGUGACCCUCCAGGGGUACAGGCAACCUGAGCGCCACCACCCCAGGGUCUGUGCCAUGCCCCUGACCCGGGCACAGCCGGCUGCUGGCACAGAGGACACGGGAGCAGUGGCCCCGGCUGUGGACCUGGUGCUGGGUGCCUCGGCCUGUUGCCUGGCCUGCGUCUUCACCAACCCCCUGGAGGUGGUGAAGACUCGGCUGCAGCUGCAGGGGGAGCUGCAGGCCCCGGGCACCUACCCUCAGCCCUACCGGGGCUUUGUGGCCUCCAUCGUCACCGUGGCCAGAGCAGAUGGGCUGAGUGGCCUGCAGAAGGGGCUGGCCGCCAGCCUGCUCUACCAGGGCCUGAUGAACAGCGUCCGCUUCUAUUGCUACAGCCUGGCCUGCCAGGCUGGCCUCACCCAGCAGCCAGGUGGCACCGUCGUUGCAGGUGCGGUGGCUGGGGCACUGGGAGCCUUCGUGGGGAGCCCUGCUUACCUGGUCAAAACGCAGCUGCAGGCCCAGACGGUGGCCGAGAUGGCUGUGGGGCACCAGCACCACCACCAGAGCGUCCUGGGCGCCUUGGAGACCAUCUGGCGGCAGCAGGGCCUGGCAGGUCUAUGGCGGGGUGUGGGCGGGGCUGUGCCCCGAGUCAUGGUUGGCUCAGCUGCCCAGCUGGCCACCUUCGCCUCUGCCAAGGCCUGGGUGCAGGAGCGACAGUGGCUCCCGGAGGACAGCUGGCUGGUGGCCCUGGCCGGAGGCAUGAUCAGCAGUGUGGCGGUGGUGGCGGUCAUGACCCCCUUCGAUGUGGUCAGCACUCGGCUGUACAAUCAGCCCGUGGAUGGAGCUGGCAGGGGCCGGCUGUACCGGGGCCUGGCUGACUGCCUGGUGAAGAUCUGGCGGCAGGAGGGACCCCCGGCGCUCUACAAGGGUCUGGGCCCCGCCUACCUGCGCCUGGGCCCCCACACCAUCCUCAGCAUGCUCUUCUGGGAUGAGCUCCGGAAACUGGCCCGAUAGGGCAGGGCCAGGGCAUCUAGGGCGCCCCUCACCCCGCAGCCUGACACAGCCCGUCACCCCGCUCCAGCUGGGAAUGGCCAUCUCUCACCAGUCACAGGCCCAGGCUCUGCCCUGGGUCUGGGGAGAGUGUGGACAGCUGGUCAACCCACCAGCCCCAUGACCACCAGCCCCAUGACCCACCAGCCUGCUGCGAAUCACCACCUCUGUUCUCCGGAAAGUCCUCUUCCCUUCCUUCUCUGCUUGGGGUUGCCUUGUCCCGAGCGCAGCCAUGAGCUGGGUCACUUACCUGCAUCAGCGGCUUCAACCUGAAACAACAGUGGGAGGUGACAAACCCUCUCACCAAGGAGCAAGCCGAGGCUCAGAAGGGUGAAGAGCUUUGAUCAAAGCCACACAGCGUUGAGAUGGAAGAGCCAGGCCUGGAGCAACCCUGCCCAGCCCAGAACUGUGCCCUUGGCAAGGACCAGGACGUGGGGCGGAGUGUCCCCAAGGGAUCACUGCACACAGGAGACCCUGGGUGCCCCGGAGGCGUGUCAUCUCCCAUGGCGGUCGGCCAGGGCUGCCGGAACAAAGUGCCUCAGACCAGGCGGCUAUAACCAUCGGUGAUUUCUCCCAGUUCUGGAAGCCGGAAGUCCAAGACCAAGGGGUCAGCAGGGUUGGUUUCUUCUCAGGCCUCGCUCCUUGGCUUGAGAUGGCGGACUUCUGUGUGUCCUUCCUUCUGUGCGUGUCUGUGCCCCAAUCUCAUCUUAUAAGGACCAGUCAUUUGGGACUAGGGCCACCCUAGUGACUGCAUGUUAAGUAAUUACCUCUGUAAAGACCCUUCUCCAACUACAGCCACCCUCUGAGGUCCUGGGGGUAGGGAUUCAUUAUAAUGAAUUGGGGCGCGGGGGGGACACAAUUCAGCCUGUCACAUCAACUAUGGCUCUCCUGAGGCCCUCCCAGUGCCCAGCACUGCGGGCAUUUGCACAGAUCCUCAUGGCGACCCUGGAAAGGAGCCCUCAGGAUGCCUGUGGUUCAGAUGAGGAGACUGAGGCCAGGCUGGGGGAGUGGCUGGCCCAAGUGGAGUAGCAGAGCCAGGCAUCCUCCUCCUCCGGCGCUUCCCCCAAGCUGCAGCCACACUCCCCGCGUGGGUGUCCCUCAGGCCACGCUGACCUCUGUGCCACGGAGGUGGACGCCCAGGCCCCUGAAAGGGGAGGUCUGGCCCGGGCCCAGCAGCCUGAACGCCUUCCCUGCCAACACCCGCGUCUUGGAAAAGCUGCUCCCGGGGGCACGCCUACCAACACUCCAAACCAAUAAAGUUUUCUAUUUUCUUUACUUCAA